UUCCUUCGUUGUGUACGUUUGUACGUGCGUAUGCGUGUGUAUGCGCGCUGGUUCAUUCAUCCACGUCGCCGUAUUCGCGCGUACGUGCACGUGCACGGGAGCCGCGUUAACACGCACACACGCACGACGGCGGCGAUUCGCGCGGUCAAGCCCGUCGACGACGACGACUCGCGCGGUCAAGCCCGACGACGGCGACGACGGCUGUGAAUGAAAUAGUUUCAUCUGUCAGUGCCAACUAUCGCGCCGAUCUCGGUGUACGCGGCGCGUCUCUCACAGAUCUUAUCUGCCGUCGUGCGUUGUCGCGCGUAAAAGGGGUAGCGAGUGACCGCGAAAAGAGCGCGAUUACUCCGACUCAGAAGUCGCGUAACUUUCAGGGCUCUUGGAAACGCUUUCUAAUCCCGGUGAGUUCGAUUCUCAAUGCCGUAGACGUGAAAAGAAGCUCUCGAAACUCCAAGCUCUUGUGAACUCCAAGCGGUCCGUAGAAAAUAAUAAAAAAUAAAUAAAAUCAAAAUAAAAUUAAUUGAAAGUAAAAUAUAAUAAAGUAGAAGUAAAUGAUAAAUUUACAAAGACAAAGAAAUCUCAUCCGAGCAGUCGGAGGCUAAGAUUAGCAUUAAACUACAGUACAAAAGUAACAAACAGCUCGGAAGGAGCUCUAGUGAUCAAGAACAAAGAGAACUUUUGCGCUCUUCUUUCCCUCCCUCUUUCCCCAUGCGAGGCUUGGAUGCGUACGCUCGUUUUAUUUUUCAUUCAGAAAGGGGUCACGAAGAAGCACGGCUGGACAGUCGUACCUUUUAAUUCGACCCUGAGCUACUUUUAUAAUCGCUGAAUUGUAGCUGAUGGGGGUUACUAUUUCUGAACUCUCGGAAAUUAAGUCAGUUUUGGUCCCCGCGCGUGACACCUUCCGCUGGGAUUUCUGAACCUCUCUUUCACCUUUUCUUUUUCGCAACUUUUUCAUAAACCGUUAUCAUUCUGGAAAAAUUUCCAUCGAACGAUAAGCAUCGAGAAACGACCGAUAACGAGUGUGAAAUAAUCGACACGUAUGAUAACGGUUUCAGAACACGUAAGAGGCAUCAGUAUUUAUAAUAUAUAUAAUUACGGACUUAAUGCCGAAUCAAAUAGCGGCCCCACGAACUUUCGUCGCCUAGCUUGCUUCCCGCUAGUAGCUCAUUCGUCUCCGCGCCGGAUUUAGUUGAUAACUUGUUCUGAACGAUCCUCGUAAUUUAUACGUCUGCAUUCCGAUCUCGUUGAUCCACGCUCGCGCUCGCGUGGAAGAUUCCUUUUUUGAAAUUGAUCGCGCGCAAAAAGACGGGGUGCUCGAUUCAUCUCGUUGAUAAAAAAAAAUUAAGAGAAAUUACGCGGGAUAAGAAAGUUCGGCCCAGCGAAGAUUUGACGCACGGCGGCAUCUCCUCUGCAUCUCCUCCGCAUUUCCUCCGCAUGGACCAUCGUGCGGAAAUCGAAUGAGUGCCAUUACGUGCGCAACCGCCGGAAUGCAGAGCGGCACCGCAGGAUCCUCCAUCAGGACGACGAGCAAGCGCAUCGUCAUCCGGAACAGCUGACCAACGUUAUCCUCAGGCAGGAAGAGGUUGCUUACCUUUCUUCGACUGGCACGUCGCUGGAUCAUUCAUAUUUUGAUUUUCGCCGUAAUUAAUAGUUCCUGAACAAAUCUAAUCAGCAAGAAAAAGAGAGAAAGAGAGAGAAGAAAAAGAUAGUCACUCUUGGCAUAAUUACGUAAUUUACAUUAUUUGUCCUGAAAUACAACCGCCGCCGCCGUCGUCGUCGUCGUCGUUGUUGGCGACGCGAGUCUUAUCAUUCUCAAAAGAGAAUGGCUGUAUAUUCGUGGCAGCGAGUAUCACACAGCCUUCAGUAGGAUGAUGAUAGAGGGCCAGGUGCAUCAACAUCCGGUACGAGUGCCGCCCGACAAGUCGCAGCCGCUCCAGAAUGCUAAUACCAUCAAGUUUGAAAAUGAGCAAUGUAAGGAGCCUCUGCUUCCGGAGAAGCAGAACUCCCACAGGAUGACACCAACCGAUGGCCGCUCGCGGACCACUUCCGAGUCAAAAGAUAUCACAACCACUUCCACCACUACCGUCAGCACCGCAACAACCACCAAUGGACAAGCAGCAGCUGCGAAUACCACCGGUGGACAUGCCGAUGACUGCCUUGAGGUAACGAUCUUUGACGAGGGCAUCGAUGGCGGCCGAUUGCCGGACGUCGUCGCCGAGAGCAAGAUCUACGGCGUGACCGAAGAGGAUGAGCCGCUCGAGUCAUACUUAGCGAUUACCAUUCAGGUCUUUAUACCCUUCCUAAUCGCCGGCCUGGGCAUGGUGGGCGCCGGAUUAGUCCUCGAUCUCGUCCAACACUGGGUAGUCUUUGAGAAAGUUAAUGAGCUCAUGAUUCUGGUACCGGCACUUCUAGGGUUGAAAGGUAAUUUAGAAAUGACUUUGGCGUCGCGUCUUUCUACUCAAGCAAAUCUCGGACAUAUGGAUAUGCCAAAGGAGCAAUGGCAUAUGAUCAUAGGGAACCUCGUUUUAAUACAAUGUCAAGCGAUAGUGGUGGGAUUCCUGGGUUCCGUGGUGGCGAUCGUGAUGGGUGCCUUCCGCAAUGGCACAGUUUCUCUGGACCAUGCUUAUCUACUAUGCGCCAGCAGUCUGGUCACCGCAUCCCUUGCUUCCUUUGUUCUGGGCCUCAUUACCGCAGGCGUCAUCGUCUUUUCCCGUCAUUGCCAUAUCAAUCCGGACAACGUGGCUACGCCAAUAGCCGCCAGUCUCGGCGACAUUACAUCGUUGGCUCUCCUCUCAUGGAUCGCUACCAUACUUUAUGAAUGCAUAGACAAGCAGGACUGGGUGGCACCUCUUGUCAUAGCCUGUUACGUCCUCGUGACGCCGCUCUGGGUAUGGAUCGCCAAGAAAAACAAAUAUACCAAUGAUGUGCUCUACUUCGGCUGGACGCCGGUUAUGGUGGCCAUGUUAAUUAGCAGCUGCGGCGGUCUUAUAUUGGAGUUUAUGGUGUCGCGCUUCGAAAACCUGACAGUGUUCCAGCCGGUUAUCAAUGGCGUCGGCGGGAACCUGGUGGCCGUUCAAGCCAGCAGAAUAUCAACGGCACUUCAUAAACAAGCCGAACUCGGCACACUUCUAAUCCCACCGGGCUACACCCACCCCGUCAUCUUCAUCACUCCAAUUGCCAAUUUUUUUGGGAAAGGUAUGCACGCUAGAACCACGAGAGUCCUGAUGACAAUGGUGAUACCGGGCCACGUUAUUUUUAUUUACCUGAUCAAUUAUAUGAAAGACGGUAACACAUCGAUGACUCCACUCUUCGUCUUCGUUUACCUCUGCGCAGCGAUGCUGCAGGUCGCAGCUCUCCUCUACAUCGCCUACAUAAUGAUCCAUUGGAUGUGGAAGCGAAAGAUCGAUCCCGACAACUCGGCGAUUCCAUAUCUGACCGCGAUGGGUGAUUUACUCGGGAUCAGCCUGCUGGCAAUUGCCUUCCAAUUUCUGUACCUGGUCGGAGAUCAAGAUUUCGACGCGCCCUGACCGUAGAAGUCGCAAAUUAUAGCGUUCUCCGGUAGGCGGGACGCACAAGUUAGAACUGUCGGACCGAAAGGGCAUUCCUACGAGGCUGUGGUCGUCUGAAAGUAUAUUCCACCAAAUCUAAUCAUCGAUCUACCAGUCCGCCGACGAGUCCCACGGACGGAUGGUCGCAAAUGGUAUUACUUGGCAAAGUAUUAAUAAUUCAUCACUUAUAUAUUCACCACUCCUACGUUCGCCAAGAAUUAAUUAAAGAGUAGGUAUCUUGGGACUGGUUGUUUGCAUUUCGUAAAAACUGGUCAAAUGAUUUUCAUUAUCGAUGCGAACGUUUCAAUACUUAAUAAUUCAUAAUUUUUUUUUUAAAAACACAAAAUAUAAGUGACCGAUCAUUUGUACCUUGUCAAGUCGAGCGGGCGCGUACUCAGGUUUCAAUUAGCUACUAAUAUAUCAGAAGAUAAUACGAAGUCGGUAGCACGUGGCAAAUUAAUUCGUCGACUAUCUAAAAAUUGUAUUUUAAUGGAAUGUCGAAUUUUUCUUCCUGACUCUGGAAUUCAAGCCUAAAGUUUGAGAAUUAAUUUCUUCCAGAAAAGACGAUAGAAGCAUUUAAUUAAUGGCGAUAAUUUUGCGAAUAUUCCUCAUAUAUUUAAUAAAAUAUCUCUCGAGUACGAGUAAAGCCUAAGAUUCGCUAGUCUCGAAACUUAAGGAUUUCAAGAUCCUAAAAGCAUAAUUCUCUUUACUGUAUGACAAGUAAAAAAAUUGAAGGUUGUCGUAUUUUCCAAUUAGAAAUAAUUAAUGAAGUUACAUAUUAAAUUACACGAGAAUUGCGAUAGCAGUUUAAUGUUAGGACUCCGUAAAUCCAGAGUUCGUUCAUCCUUGGGCUCACAGCGAAAAUUCUGGCACUUCGCCACGGAGCGCGUAAAUAAAAGCACGUGUAGUCGUAAUACCAACGCGUAUGUGUCUUCAAAUAGUUGCCUUCGUAUACGACGAAAUUUAGAUAGGUAUUUAGAAGCUGCCACACGACCUAUUUUUGGAAGCUUUGGAGAAGCUCUCGGAGAUUUUACUCAAAGCCCUUGAAAUAUCUGCCGCAUAAAGUCCUACUUUAGCUCUUACGAUGCGGUUUAAUGGGAAUUUGGUCUUCCUCGCGCAAAUAACUAAUUCCAAGAUUUUUUAAUCUUCUGAAUUAUUUAUCAAUACUAUGCGGAACA